GGGGGGUGCUGAGGCAGUGGGAUUUUAAUGUGGAGGGGUUGGCGGAGGGGGUGGAGGGGAUUAUGGGACAGUUGCAGGCGAAGCAUCCGGUAUGCGAGAUUUGCUCCCGUGGAAAUACUGAUGAGCUAACUGUGGUGCAGGAGUUUGUUGUGAAGAGUCUGGUGGUAUGAGGAGCGCGGAGGCUUUAUGAUGGAAGGACGGUAGCAUUAGAGUUACUGGGAGUUUGAGCGGGUGCAUUACGAGACUGGAUGACGGCGUCUGGGGGACUGAAAACAUGGCAUUUAUCCACAGGAAUCAACAUUUUCAUGAAGACUGUGGCUUCACCAAAAUAUGAGCGAAAGCAAUCAUGAAGUUUGGAAACGCGCUGUUGUAGUAUCUCCCCACUCUAUAUCUAUAUAUCACGUGAUACGAGUCCGUUGCCCGGUCAUCGUAUUUACAGUGGAGAAUAGUCCCUGUAUCAACUUGGCCAAUCACCUCCCCCGACCACCCCGUCGCGGACCUCGAAUUCCACGCGAUAAUUUUGUCCUCCCUCCCAAACCUAUAAUUCCAUUAACCCAAAUAGCGACAAACCCUUUCGGCCAUGAAGAGGAGAGCUCACACGCCGUAACCCAGCAUUGAAUCUACCAUAUAGCUCUAUACCCGCCCCAACGACGACGCGAAAGCCCGCCCGACAUGGCAACCGCGUCCCCAACACCCCUGGGCUCAAGCCACUUCGGCAAUCAGCCGAUGCGCCGACCUUCGUCGAGACAGGCCUUGCGACAAGUUCCUCUUGCGAGACCGACUUUUGUGCGGAGAGAGGCUGCUGCUGUUACGGCGAAUGGGAAUCCGGCAGCAGAACUACCAACGACUUCUAAGACGCGCCGGUAUUCAGACCAUGAUAGUUCGGAUGACGACUUGCCUGUGCCGAUGAAGUUCAGCGCCCUCACGAAUGCCUUGUUGAAUGAUGAAGCUUCGAUGCUUGGCUCUGGUUCACCAGUUGUUGCAACGAACGAAAACAAUCUAUCUGGCUCAACGGCGGUUGCGCAGAGAC